AUGCUGGCCGGGCGCGCCGUCGUCCUUUUGUUGAGCGCCGCGGUGGUUGCCGAUUGCCGCCGGCUCGGCCGCAACGCGACGCCGACGUCCGCGGCUGCGUCUGCGGUUCCAACGGUACAGGACGACGACGCGGGCAGCGACGUCGAUGCAGGCGCGGCCGCAUCGGACACUGAGGGAGACGACCUGCGGGCGCAGAUCGCGGCGGCCGUGGCGCAGUUUGCGGUCAAGAAGGCCACGGAGGCCAAGGUGAACGCCAGCGAGAAGGAUUUCGUGCACCACUGCAAGGCGGCCGCCCGUGCCUCGCUGGACAAGGAGGCCGCGGAGGCACCGGUGGCCCAGACGAAGAGUCCCCCAAAGGAGGCGGCCCGGCAGGAUGAUCCUUUCGCCGACCAGGUGGAGGCCAGUGAGCGCAAGCAGUUGGUGGAGAACGAGGAGUUCCUGCUGGGACUCCUCAAUAUGCACGAGCGCCGCCGCAACUGGUCCCCAGAGCAGGAGCUGGACGCGAUCUGCAACUUCGCGAAGGACUCCCCCGCGAUCAAGCAGCUGUACUUCCACCACGACGCUGACAAGUCGCUGGCGAUGCAGCUGGCGGCCAUCAUGGACUCGGAGCGCAAGACAGCCACGCCGACCCGGGCUCCGCCGUUGACGGAGGGCGGUGCUAUCGGUAGCGUGCUGGCCAAGGUGGCGCCCGCGCUCGCGGCGGCGAAGGCAGGGGCCGCGCGGCGUGCCCCUGGGCAAUAG